CAUUUGGGGAUUUGUUUUCCUCCUCACACUCUUCCAUUCUUUGGGGAGAAAAGAAGAAAAAAUCCAUGGCAGAUCCAAGCGUAGAGAUAGAGAAAUUAGAAAUAGAGGCCCUGAGAUGUGAGAAUAUGAAGCUGCAAAGGCAGGUGGAGGAAAGCCAACGUUACGAAGCAGAGUUAAUGGCGGAUUUAGAGAAGGUGAGGAUGAGAUUGUUAAUGACGGAAGAAGCGGAGGAGCGCCUCUGUUCACAGCUUGGGGAUUUGGAGGCAGAAUCUGUUCUUCAGGCGCAGGAUUACAAUCACCACAUCAAUUCUCUCAAACAGCAAUUGUCACAAAUGCAACAUCUUCUUGCACAAUUUCAACGCAAUUGCUCAUAAUGGCGGAUUUUGGUACCGAAUUUCUUUGUACGUGCAGAAUGGGAGUGAGAUCUGCAUGUGGUUAGUUCAUAUGUUUUGGUUGUACACUUUUAUUGGGCGUCUGAAUCUCUCCUGAGGACUGAUUAAGAAGAAUGGAUUUGUAAAUUUUGUAUUCUUAUUUCUGAUUGUCUUAUAUUUCCUUGUCAAUCAUAAAAAGUCAAACAAAUCAGUUGUUUGGUUUCUAUAGAUCAAUUGGUUGGUCUACAGCUGUUACAAAUUUUGAUCAAAUAAUCUGCUGUGUUUUUUUUUCAAACCUUACGUCUCUCAAG